GAGAUCGAUUCAGUAAGUCCAUGGAAACGAGUGAGGGAAGUUUACUGCGCACGCUUGAUCAUAAUACCUUUUUUUUUCUGUCAAAAUGUAAAACGGUUGUUCCUGUGUUUUUAUCGCGAUGUAUUGCCGAUCGUUCUAACGGCUCACUCGAAUAUCGAGCCGCGAUCCAAGUGGAAACUCGCAGCCGCCCACGUAUCAGGACCGUUCGAACAGAGUGGAAAUUGAAAAAAGAGCCGCUUGUCGUUAGCGUGAAUCCUGAGGGAGAGCAAACAAUGGAUCAAUACUUCGCAGACAAGGGUAACAUGCGAAUACGACGAAAAAUCGUCUUUCCAUUAUAGGUAACGUGCAUCUCACAUCGGGCGAAAUUUCUCAUCCAGGAGAACUUUGAAAGUUAAGGCUUAUGUGCACGAACUUCCGUUAAAGAAUGACAGAAUAUCUAGUCGGGGAGUACCCGAAGUAAAAAGUCAAGAAAGCUUCUCGCCGAAUGAUCGAUACCGAAAAUCUCGCGUUGCUGCUAAAUUUCAGUAUCAUCCGAUUUGUAUUUGAAAAGCAAGAAACUGGAUAGUAGCAUACAGGUUGUUAAUGGGAAAGAAUAAUUAUCUGUCGGAGGGGGCGAAACAAUUGUGUUUCGAUCAAUCAACGACCAUCCUACACAGUGAAGCGUUGCACCGGCCGGUCGACAUGGACAAGUCGGACAACCAACUGAAAGCGUGGAAAAAGAAGAGCAUGAAGUCGAGCGGCUCGGCGGAUGUCGUGACACAGUGCGUCCAGGUGGUCGUGCGUUGCCGACCGAUGGACGAGAAGGAACUGGUUCGUGGCUACAUGCGAGUGGUCGACGUGUUCCCCUCGAGGGGAGUGGUCGAGAUUCGUCACCCGCGGGACGACCCGUCCAGCGACAACGUGAAAGUCUUCACGUUCGAUGCGGUCUACGACUGGAACUCCAGCCAGCAAGACCUCUACGAGGAGACGGUCAGGCCGCUGGUCUCCUCGGUCCUCGACGGUUUCAAUGGCACGAUCUUCGCCUACGGUCAGACCGGCACCGGGAAGACCUACACGAUGGAGGGCCUGAAGAACGACCACGAGAGACGAGGUGUGAUUCCACGCUCGUUCGAGCAUAUCUUUAAUCACAUUGGCAGGUCGGAGAACAUGCAGUAUCUGGUGAGGGCCAGUUACCUCGAGAUAUAUCAGGAGGAGAUCCGCGACCUUCUACAGCCGGAUCAGAGUCUCAGAUUCGAGCUGAAAGAGAAACCGGACACCGGUGUAUUCGUGAAGGAUCUGUCCACGUCGGUGUGCAAAAGCGCCGCUGAAAUCCAACAGCUGAUGAACACCGGAAAUCAGAAUAGAACCAUCGGCGCUACGAACAUGAACGAGCAUAGUUCUAGGUCGCACGCGAUAUUUCUAAUCACCAUUGAAAUGGGAUCGAUCGGCGAUAGCGGCGGGAUCAGGGUCGGUCGUUUGAAUCUGGUCGAUCUCGCGGGCAGUGAAAGGCAGAGCAAGACUGGGGCCUCCGGCGAGAGGCUGAAGGAAGCGAGUAAAAUUAAUUUGAGCCUGUCGGCGCUGGGGAACGUAAUUUCGGCCCUGGUCGAUGGGAAAACAACUCACGUGCCGUACAGAGAUUCCAAGUUAACGCGGCUUCUGCAGGACUCCUUAGGCGGGAACUCAAAGACGAUCAUGGUGGCGAACAUCGGCCCCGCAAGUUACAAUUACGACGAGACUUUGACAACGUUGAGGUACGCGAACCGGGCGAAGAACAUCAAGAACAAGCCAAGGAUAAACGAGGACCCGAAGGACGCUCUACUGAGACAGUAUCAAGAAGAGAUUGGCCGAUUGAAGGAGAAGCUGGCGCAGAAAGGUAUGGUGCAGAAGCGAAAGAAGAAGUCGAAGAGGAAAAAGGAAGACGAAGCUGUAGAUUCAGAGUCCGAAGCGGAGGACAGCCGAGGGGAGGACAAUAAAAUGGAGACGGACAAGAAAUUGAUUGCGGAGCAAUUGAAAGCCGAGAAACAAGAGACUGAGACGCUUAUUAUGAGAAUAAAAGAUUUGGAAAGCAAGAUGCUCUGCGGUGGCAAGAACAUUAUUGAUCAUACCAACGAGCAACAGAGAGCACUGGAACAGAAGGCGGCCGAAAUAGCCGAGAGAAAGAAACGGGAAGUCGAAAUGCAGCAGAAGCUGGAAGGUGAAGAACUAACGAUGCUAGGCGUGAAAGAAACUUACUCGAAUUUGCAGCAAGAAGUGGACGUGAAGUCGAGGAAGCUCAGGAAGUGCUUCAAUAAGUUACAAGUUCUCAAGCAGGAGCUCGAGGACGUCACAAACGACUUCAACAGAGACAGACGAGACCUGGAACAGACUCAACACGAGCUAAUGAAGGAACUAAAGCUGAAGUAUCUUAUAAUAGAGAAUUUCAUUCCCGAGGAAGAAAAGAAUAAGAUUCUGUCGAGGAUUCACCUCGACGAAGAGGAAGACUGUUGGAUAGUGAAAGAUCCGGAACCAUCCAGCAUAGACUUGAUAAAGAGGCCGACGUCGAUUCCUGGUGCCCGUAGGCCAGUCUCGGAGUAUGCUCGAAUCGCUCUAGCCAUGGGAAGGGGUAGUCGUUAUGCGGGUGAAAAUAUAUUGAACCUCGACUUAGAUAUGCCGGCCAGAACAACGCUGGACUAUCAGGGACCCGCUAUCGCGCCAACGAUCCAAGCUGUUCUCGAGGAAGCGUUGCGAGACGAAGGGGACAUCGACGUGGAUGCGUCAAACGCGAAGCUCAGAUCGAAACCGCGUAUACCAUCCACGAAAUUGCGACCUAAGAGCGUUGGAAAGAUUCCACAAAUCCCAGCGCCCGUUUACCCGAAGACGAGAGGUCUCGUACCGAAAUAGGAAAUUUUUUUCAAUGCGUUCCAAGCAAAGUCUGUAAAGAAACGUGUAAAUAUUGUACGAAGCGCCGCGCGUCGUAAGCUUUGUUCGAUUAAUUUAUACAUAUUAUAUACAUAUAAUUAUAGAUUCGUUGUGAUACGCCACAUGGUACUUUGUGUAUCGACAAGCGCGAGAUAGCCGCAAUCUUUACAAUUCUCUAGUCAAUGUACACCGUGCAGCCACAUGGUAUUAUUAUGUCGAUUAUUUCCUUUUAUUCGUAAUUAAUAAAGUAAAAAAGAUUAUCGUCAAAAC